UGAUAAUGAUCAGAGAAUUUAACGUGCUUGCGAGCAUUUUGAAAUAUUUUGAGACAAUUUUAGACAGAGGAAUCUUUAAACCAGAGCAAACUGUUGCUGUUGUUCUGUUGCUGUUUGCCGAUGAUGCUGUUUGGGGGACCAGUUUAGUGGGUGACAGUGAAGGCACCGCAUGCCAAAAUUUGAUCAUGACCGCGUAAAAAGAAAAUAAAAUAUAUCUGUCUAAAUAUAAGCAUAUAAACAAACAAUCCAACGCAAUACAGCAAUCAAAAUACGUAUCAAUUUAAUUGAAAUUGAACAAAUUGUGUAACAAAAGGGAAUUCAAUAUGAAUAAAACCAUACUACACUGGAGCUAUUUGAAUUUUAAAGAUGUACCCAUGGACUUGUUUCUAUAUGAGGACCUUGAGGAGGUUUAUCUCAAAGAGAACUAUAUAUCUGUUAUCCCCAAAUGGCUGCUCAAUAUAACAACACUCAAGUUCAUUCAUUUGGCUGGCAAUAAUCUCAGCGAACUGCCCGUGGAUAUUUAUAUGCUGGAGAACCUAGAGUUUCUCGAUGUUUCCAACAAUGAGCUAAAGGAGUUGCCCAAGACAUUGGGUCUUUUGUUGCAGCUGCAACAACUGAAUGUCAGUGGCAAUCAGCUAACAGAACUGCCCGUUGAGCUGAGCAGCUUGCGCAAUUUAGAGCAUCUGAACAUUGCCAAAAAUCAAUUCCGUCGUCUUCCCCUGCAACUCAGCGAAUGCGUGCGUCUCAACGAACUCAAUGUGAGCGACAACGAGGCGCUGUUGCAUCUGCCGGAGCGCAUCGCCAAUCUGCCCAUGUUGCAGUCACUCGCCGCCGAUCGCUGCGCUCUUGUUUAUCUGCCGGCUGCACUCUCCAAGUUCAUGAACCAUGUGCGUAUCUUUCACAACACCUCCGUCAACUAUAUACCCAUGGUCUAUGAGCGCUUCUAUCAGAACUUUUACGAUAAUCGACAGAAGCUGACACCACUUUCCAUCUCCAAGAAGGGUCUCUUCUGGGUGCGUGAGCUAGAGACCAACAAUCGUCUUCUAUUACCAGUGGGCACGCGUAAAGUCUUCCGCGUUCCCUCGGCAGAGAAUCAGGUCACACUCUACGAUGAUUGUUUGCAUGCGGUGCAAACAAUGAAUCGCCACCUGCCCGUCUAUGAGAAUGUUGCACUGCAUCGUCUGCUGCCCGAGCCAUACAUGAGUUCGCAUAUCAACAAUGGACCCAUUGCACGUUGCACGACUACAAACUGUUCCAGUUGCCUCUAUACAACGUACUACUUUAUGGUUGUUAAGCGACGCGGCAGCGCCUCGAAGCAACUAUUCACCUGUAACUUCUGCACACACAACUGCGCACUUCAAUGGCUUUCGAGCAACGUUAAGAAAUACUAUCAGCUGGACUGGAAAGUUUCCGAUGACGAUGAUGAUAAUGAUAAUGAUUAGAUAUUAGCCCGAUUAGAAGAUAUUCGUAGAUGUUUGUAUAAAGAAUUUGCAUUGUUUAAUUAGGUGUUAGCUUCAUAAAUGUUAUUUAACUGCUUAAGUUCAUUAAAGAGAGAGGUCAUUAAAGUGUCCCAAUUAAGUAGUGG